UAACUGUGAAGUGGGAAGAGAUGUGAUCACGUGACCUUUCACCAGAGGGGCACAGAUACACCAGGGAGAGCGAGAGAGCAGUAUCUCGACCCUCUCCUCUGCUGUAUUUUAAUCGUUUCGCAUCUACGAGGUAAUGGGGGUAAGGUUGCUGGUGGCCGUGGCUGCAUCCCUGCUCGUACUGGCGGGGGUUGCCUCGGCCGAUCCACGCUAUGCAAGGCCAGGAGACCACGAGCCCCUGCAGCAGAAGUGGCAGCGGCCCGACCGGCUGGCGCGGCGCGUGUGCUACUACGAGUCGUGGGCCGUCUACAGGCCGGGCGACGGAGUCUACGACGUCGAGGACAUCCCCGCCGACCUGUGCACGGACCUCAUCUACUCCUUCUGCGGCCUCUCCAACGUCACGUGGGAGGUCAUGGUGCUUGACCCGGAGGUGGACAUCGACCAGGGGGCCUACCAGCGCUUCGUGGCCCUGAAGGAGAAGUACCCGAACAUGAAGACCCACAUCGCCGUCGGGGGCUGGGCCGAGGGGGGCAAGAAGUACUCGCAGAUGGUCAGCAUGAAAGAACGUCGAGACACUUUCAUCAGCAGCGUCGUUAAACUGUUGACUGACUAUAAUUUCGACGGCUUCGACCUGGACUGGGAGUACCCCGGAGCGACCGACCGCGGAGGCACCUUCGCCGACAAGGACAACUUCUUGUACUUGGUCGAGGAACUGAGGGCUGCUUUCGACACCGUAGGAAAAGGAUGGGAACUGACGUGUGCUGUCCCUGUGGCCAAGUUCAGGCUGCAGGAAGGGUACCACGUCCCGGAGCUCUGCAGUCUGCUGGACGCGAUUCAUCUUAUGACGUAUGAUCUGCGUGGGAACUGGGUUGGCUUUGCGGACGUCCACUCCAUGUUGUAUCAGCGACCGGGUCUCGAUCAGUGGUCCUACGAGAAGCUCAAUGUGAACGACGGCGCCCUUCUGUGGGAGGAAUUCGGGUGCCCUCGCGACAAGCUGGUGGUGGGGACGCCCUUCUACGGGAGGACCUACACGCUGGGGGACCCUAACAACAACGACCUCCACGCACCCAUCAAAGCGUGGUUGGGAGGAGGUAACCCAGGGCCCUAUACCAACGCCACGGGAACUCUCGCUUACUUCGAGAUCUGCAGCAUGAUGGUCCAGGACUCGGCUUGGGUGGAUCGCUACGAUGACGUCGGCCUCGUUCCCUUCACGCAUAAUGGUGACCAGUGGGUGGGCUACGAGGACCCGGCCAGCCUCAAGAUCAAGAUGGACUACAUCCGGGACAUGGGUUUCCUCGGGGCCAUGACGUGGGCCAUCGACCAGGACGACUACAAGGAGUGGUGCGGCCAAGGCAAGAACCCCAUGAUGCAGACCAUCUACGACGGCAUGAAGGACUACUUCGUCCCCGUGUCCACCAUCACGACCACCCGCGACCCCAACGCCCCCAGCACCACCACCAGGGACCCCAACGCCCCCACGACCACCCUCGGGCCCAUGGACUGCUCGGUGGCGGACUACUGGCCUCACGCCGACUGCGACAAGUACUACUGGUGCUACGACGGCGUGCCCCACGAGGAGACGUGCCCGCCCGGCCUCGUGUGGAACCAGCCGACCCACAACUGCGACUGGCCGGCCAACGUGGACACCUCCAACUGCAACAUGCCGCCUGCCGCCCGAGUCCCCGAGGGGUCGAGGCAGGGAAAGCGACCUCCCCUCGACAUGCUCGCGUUCAACCACGUCCUCGCCAACGAAAGGAUGGAUGUGGACGAUCUCAUUAGCCUCGAGAAAAUGAAGGAUCUAAAACGACAUGGAGUUCGCAAGACCGAUUCUCCUAAGACCGAAAAGGCUUCAGCCGGACCGAAAGAGUCUCUUAAGUCUAAGAAAGUUAAUCACCCUGCUGAGGCCUUGAACGUUCCUCCGCUGGUCAAGAUCAUGAACAAGAAAACACCUUAAUUAUUCAAUACUAAAAAAAGAAAAAAAAGAAAGAAAAAAUAGCAGUAAUAAACAAAUAAAUAAAAUGAUUGAAUAAAUAAUUAAAGAAAAAAAAACGUAUAUUCUAUUAGUUCUGUUUGUGUAUUUCUCUUGCGUGUCUCGAUAAUUUCAAGACUUCGUUAAGAGUAGUGAUAUUCUACACGUAUUAAGUUGUAUAUAUUUUAGAUGCUGUAUAUUCGCUUCCGUGGGUAGCGUGUCUAAGAUACUGUACAAUAUUAUUUGCUUCUCUAGAUAUAACUUUUGAGAGAACAUGAAAAUGAAAUUACCUCAUGAACGCUUUAUGUAAAUAAAAGUUACUUGGAUAAAA